GAUUUCGCAUCAGUUUCCCUUUUGCUCUCUUCGAUCACACUUGUUUCGUUUCGCCACACCUUUUUCCCGCGGCGCGCGGAGCCAAAAUAAAGACAAAACAGUGCAAAAUUCGCGGCAAAAAGAAAAAAGCUUUCAAUUUUAUUCUAUUUACGGUCUCGAAUCCGCGAGAACGAUGGAGGACACAAUCUACAACAACUUCAACGCGACCCGGUGCAACGUUUGCUUCACCCGCGCAACCGAGCACCGGCUGACUCUGGUCGGAAUUAAGCUCCGGUAUUGCAAGGGUUGCCGGCUGAUUGGCUACUGCGGCGAGCAGCACCAGAAGGAGGACUGGAAGCACCACAAGGACUUUUGCCGCGUGGUGACGAAGGUGCUGACGAUUCGGAAGAUCGACCACAUUCUGGACGUGCGGACGGAGUGUCCGCGCAUCGUCGGGGGAACGCGGCGCGAUCUGGAGUGCGCCAUCUCGCUGGCCGAGUGCCUGAUCAUUUCGAUGCUGCAGCGCAACCUCAAAACGCACGAGUACAUGAUGCUGCGCUUUCCGAACAUUUGCCGGGUGUGUCUCGAUUACGACACGACCAAGCUGAAGGCGUGCGAGUCCUGCCACCAGGUGCUGUACUGUUCCGAGGAGCACCGGCUGCAGGACGUGGACCGGCACGGCCGGUGGUGCCAGCUGUACCGGGUGAAUCUGCUGCUCGAUGCGGAUUUCCCCGCCCGCCUCGAUACGAUCGGCUACCCGAAGCUUAGCCCGGCCCAACUUGUCGAGUUCCCCCGGAACUCGUUCGAGCUGGUCAACCGAGCGUACAACAUGAACAUCCCGAUGGUGCCCAAGGCGGUCAAAGAUUUCAACGAUCUCAAGUUCGUGUCCAACUACUCGCACGUCAGCACCAUUCUGUACGCGCUGAACGUGACCAACAUGAACCUGGAGCUGCAGCAAUCGUUGGUCAUUUACGUGGUCGGCGUCGAGGAGGAAAUUUCCUUCUUCGACUACAACAGCUGUUCGGUGAUCUUUUCCUACGUGCCCCAGAUCCGGCAGGUCGUAAUUCACUUCAUCGGACCGGAAGUCGGCUCGAUCAAGGACGAAAUCGAGCUCAACUACGAGGGAAAGCGCUCGAUCAAGAUGCACUACCACAAGGCACUGUUCCACUGCCUGGAACCGACCGAGCCGAUGGACCGGCCGCAGAUCAUCGUGAGCUACAACUGUGGCUUCCACGAGCACAUCGAGACGCAGCGGGACACGUGGUCAACCACGCUCGGUCGGCUCAUCCGCUACGUCAACAUUCCGAUCGUGUUCACGUCGUACACCCGGGACGAGGCCUGCCAGGACUGUGCCAUCAUCUACAGCACCAGCAAGCGGGCCGCCAAGCAGCGCGAUCUGGUCUUUGUCAAGCGCGCCGCCAACAACCCGUUCAAGGACUACAAACCGCUGCGCAACAUCACCAUCACGGACGAAAGCGACGAGCUGUACUACUCCAACGGGUACGUCUCGAUUGUCAUUUCCCGGAUUCCCUAGAGAGAGAGCGAAAGCGAAAGAAAGAGAGAGAAACGAUACGCACAUGCCAAACACACACAUUCCGUUUAGGCCAUUGUUGCAGGUACAAACAAAAGUGGCACAAUUUAUUCAUCGCAUUUAUGAUUUUUAAAUGAUUUUUUUUUCUUUUAUUUGGUAAAAUUUAAUAAAUUAUUGAUGAAGGGCGAUGAUUCGAUACAACAGUACUUGAAGGGAGCUAGUCAGAGUCGCACAAAAAAAA